GAGAGAGGUGGUAGAGUUAUAUAUUGCUUACUCCCACACCUUUGCUGUUGCUGUAUUGGUAUCUCAUGCUGCAGCAGUGAGAAUCCACACUGUAGCAAAUGACGCCACUGCACAGAGAGCUGCCUCACUGACUGGCUCUAUAGAAAUCUCUCUCUAUCCAUCUAAUCUCUCCUCCUCUGUAUCCAUGGACUACAGUGGCUAAAUGGGAAGAUAAAUACUUUUAAGAAGAAGUGUGUUUGUUUAGUUUUUGUCAAUCUAUGGAUUUCUAAGUAUAUUUUUAUGAUGAAUCUACUUCACCAAGUCAACAGUGAUUUGUAUUCAGCUGAAUGGAUUUUCUUCUCCAUCCUGGAUACCUGAUUCUCAGUUCCAGCUCGGACCUUUUCCUCUGAAUCUCAGAUCAGGGCUUUGGUAUGAGUGGUAUGGUUUUUGGCACUAGAGUUGAUGCAGACUGCUGAGGGUGUUCUCUGAGGUUUCUAGUAACAUCUUCUGGUUCCAGGGGAUCUCCGUAGAUCAACACCAUCCUUAUUUUUCUCUGAUUCCUCUCUUACCUCUUGUUCCGGGCAGAGGUGACACAGACUGUUGAGGGGUGACUGCUAAAGUCUACCUGGUGGUACCCUCCCUUAGAUCCAGAGGGACCUCUCCACCCCUCCACCUUUCCCCCUACUUUCCCUUCGUCUCACAUGCUGGUCCCUCUCUCACCAUGUUCACCAGGAUCUUCAUCCCCAAGAAGCACCGACAGCGGUUUGACGAGGCUGUGUCCCAGAGCCUGAUCCAGAAGAUCUGUCGCAGUAAGAGCAUUAGCGAGCCGGGCCGGCAGGGCCGUCUGAGACGUAGCCGCAGCGAGGACCACCCUGACCGCCACCAUGGCUCCAAACGGGCCAGCUCAGUACCUCGGGAUCCUGGGGAGGACGGAGGGGGACAGGAGAGAGGAGAGAGCGGGUACAGGAAGUCCACGUUGGGCAAACCUGGGCAUCAAUCAGAAGCCAAUCAGAGUCUCCGUGCUCCCCCCAGGACAUUGAGGGUUUACAGAGGGAAGAAGAGUUUUGGGUUCACCCUGAGAGGCCAUGCUCCUGUCUGCAUCGACUCUGUCAUCCCAGACAGCCCCGCUGAAGACUGCGGUCUCAAACCGGGCGACCGCAUCCUUUUCCUCAAUGGGCUGGACAUGAGAAACUGUUCCCAUGAGAAGGUGGUGUCCAUGCUGCAGGGCAGUGGGGCCAUGCCCACCCUGGUGGUGGAAGACGGACCCUCUGGUUACUCCCACUCUGACCAGAGUGAACAGGAAGACUCUCCCACAGGCCUUGCCCCUGCCGUGGCCCCCAGGUCCCGCUCCCGCUCCCCGGUCCCCCUCUGCUCCCUGCAGUGGGUGGCUGAGAUCCUACCCCCCAGCAUCAGGGUCCAUGGUCGCACCUUUAGCCAGCAGCUGGAUCAUCUCCUGACGGUGCAGGAGAGAUACACCAUCUGCAAGUCCCUGGAGACCUUCUUCCAACAGAGGAACGUGGACACCCUGAUUGUUGAUGUGUUCCCGGUGUUGGACACUCCAGCCAAGCAGGUGAUCUGGCAGUUCAUCUACCAGCUGUUGACCUACGAGGAGCAGGAACACUGUCAGAGCAAGAUUUCACGCUUCCUUGGUUUUAAGACUGCAGAGCCAGGUGCAGGACAGGAGCACCAUAAGAGGAGCAGCUCAGUGCGUGUGUCAGGCACCUCCUACAGAGGCACCGUACGGGAGAGGAGCUCUGAUGACUGCAUCAUCAGAACACACCUGGGAAUGGGGAUUCAUGUGGCUGCACCAGGGAGUGGGAGUGGGACACCCGGAGAGAGACAGUGUGGAGAUGGCACCUCCUUCCCAGAAUCCCCUGACCUAAAUCACAUGUCAGGAGUGUACACGGAACUGGAGAGUGUGUACACAGGGAAGAGUGCCGUGAAGGCCAUGCAACAGAAUCACAGUCGCUGCUCUCCACUGACCCAGCCUGACCGAGAGGAGCUGGGACAGACUGACGCCUAUGGCCAGUCUCCAGCUCGCUCCUCUCUCAGUCAAGGUAGCACAGGGAACCGUAAAUCAGGUCUGUCUCUGACAUGGAAGGAACCUCUGCCUGACCCUCUGUAUGAGUUGUACCAAGGGGGAACCAUCCCCUCUCCGGGCAGCGCUGACUCCAACCCCUAUGUGAGCCUGGAGAGCCCGCCUCCAUCCCCCCAGAACUCUGACGACCCCACCAGCCCCCUGUCCAGACGCAGGAAGCUUUUCACCUUCUCCAGACCCCCCCGGAGCAGGGACACUGACAAGUUCCUGGACGCUCUGAGCGAACAGCUAGGACACCGUGUCACUCUGGUGGAAGACUUCCUCCCUGGAGAGAAUGACUAUGAGGAGAUGAGUUUCCAGGAUGAGCAGGAGGUGAGCUACCUCCCCCGCCAGCUGAGCAGUGCCAGCAGUGAGGACAUCAGCAGCAACGAUGAGGCCACCUCCCUCACCUACUCCUCCGGGUCAGAACACAUCCCCAUCCCCCCACCCCCGCAGAGCGCCCCGCCACCCCCGCCCUUGCCCACCCCCUUACCCCCGCCACCCUUCGGCUUCUCCGACCCCCUCCCCAUUACCCCUGUCCUCUCCCACUUCUCCCCCGAACACAUCCCCCGGGCGCGCAUGUCCUUCCAGCCGCAGCACCCCAUCAUCCCCCCUCCCCCGCCUCCCCCACGGGCCUUCAUGUACAACAGGCCGUCCCUACACAAGGUGCUGCCAACCAGUGAUGAGCUACAGGGCUGUGUCCACCACCAGGCUACUCAGAUGACUCUCCCCCUGGGCCCUCGCUACUCUCCCCAGCCCUCUCGCCCCAGGAACCUGCCCCGCCAGGCCAGCCAGCCUCAGCCCCUGACCCAGCCCAUCCUGUGUCCCCAGCCCUCCCCUCAGCCCAACAGGCAAAGCCAGCUCGCCCUCCAGAGGCACCACCAGCUUCACCACCAGCCCUACCAGCCCCAGCUGAGCCACAGCCUUCCCCCUAAAGCCCCUCACCCUCCCCAGCCCCCUCACUCACAGACCUAUGAGACCCCCAUCUCAGUGUCAGAGCUCCAGAAACACAAGGUCCCCCCACCACCCCCUCCACCACUGCCGCCCCCCUGCGACCCGCCUCCACUGCCCAAUUCCAGUCCCUGUGCUGGGGACACCAACCACAUGAGUGUGAAGAGACUGCGCUGGGAGCAGCUUGGAGAGGACCCCGACUAUGACAAACUGAGUGACAUGGUGAAGUAUCUCGAUCUAGAGAUGCACUUUGGUACCCAACGGAGUUCCAAGCCAGCCUUCCUGCCCGAGAGCUUUAAAAAGAAAGACGUGGUGGAGAUUCUGUCUCAUAAGAAAGCCUACAACGCCUCCAUCCUGAUCGCCCACCUAAAGCUGUCUCCAGGUGAGCUGCGCCAGGUGCUGAUGACUAUGAGCACAGACAGACUGGAGCCAGCCCACAUCAAGCAGCUGCUGCUCUACGCCCCCGAUGACCAGGAAGUCAAACAGUACCAAUGCUUCGACCAGAACUCCGCCAAACUCAGUGACCCUGACCAGUUUGUCCUGCAGAUGCUGAUGGUCCCUGAGUAUAAGACUCGUCUGCGGAGCCUCCAUUUUAAGACAGCCCUGCAGGAGAAGACAGAGGAGAUGAAGGCUGGAUACGAAUGGAUCUACAGGGCCUCGAUAGAACUCAGGAGCAGCAAGAAACUGGCCAAGAUCCUCGAGUUUGUGCUGGCAAUGGGGAAUUACCUGAACAAUGGUCAACCCAAGACAAACAAAACCACUGGCUUUAAGAUCAACUUUCUCACUGAGCUCAGCACCACUAAAACAGUGGAUGGUAAAUCCACCUUCCUCCACAUUCUUGCCAAAUCGCUAUGCCAACACUUCCCAGAACUGUUGAACUUUGCCAGGGACCUCACAACCGUGCCACUCGCAGCCAAAGUGAAUCAGCGUAUCCUGACAGCUGAGCUGGCUGACCUUCACUCCACCAUCCAGGACAUCAGGACAGCCUGUCAGAAGAUCCCAGCCACGGCCGAGGAUCACUUCUCUGCCGUCAUGAGUGGUUUCCUGGAGAACAGUCACCCAGCGGUUCAGUCUCUGGACUCUCUGCAGCUGAGAGCCAUGGACGAGUUCACUAAGGUGGCCUCGUACUUCGGAGAGGACAGCAAGGUCACCUCCACUGAGGCCUUCUUCGCCAUUUUUGCUGAGUUUACUUCCAAGUUUGAGAGAGCACUGAAUGAGACCCAGGCCACUGAGAACCCCUGCAGCCCCAGAGUGCCCUCUCCCCUGGCCUGGUAGAGACUGGAUAGCUCCUCUGCUCUCAUCAACCAAAGUGCCAAGACAACACAAAGAAACAGUCACAACUACUGGGACACAAACAACAUGAUCUUCAACACUGCGGAAUGCCGUAGGGCCAGGAGUUCUUCCUGACCAUGUGAUCUGACCAAAAGAACUCUCAUCCAAAGGGUCCAGAGUUUCUCCUGGGAAGGUCAAGUAGCUCUAUAUGUUCAGAUAACAUGAGUAUAUAUUUUAUAUUGGAUUGUAUUAAAUUGAAAGUAUAAUGAAAUUGUAAAGAUAAAGCAUAGAUGUACUGCCAAAAUAAAGGAAACACCAACAUAAAGUGUUUUAAUAGGGCGUUGGGCCACCAUGAGUCAGAACAGCUUCAAUGCACCUUGGCAUAAAUUCUACAAGUUGUUAUAACUAUAUUUUGAGGGAUACUACACCAUUCUUCCAUGAGAAAUUCCAUAUUUUGGUGUUUUGUUGACGGUUGUGGAAAACUCUGUCUCUGGUGCUGCUCCAGAAUCUCCCAUAAGUAUUCAAUUGAGUUUUGAUCUGGUGACUGAGAGUGACACAUACACACACACUUUAGCCAUGGUAGUCGUAAUAAUGGGCAACUGGGAAUUUUUGUACAUGACCCUAAGCAUGAUGGGAUGUUAAUUGCUUAAUUAACUCAGGAACCACACCUGUGUGGAAGCAUCUGCUUUCAGUAUACUUUGUAUCCCUCAUUUACUCAAGUGUUUCCUUUAUUUUGGCAGUUGCCUGUAUAUGUAAAUAACCAUGACAUUUUAGAUGGCUGAUAGUCAGACGUAUAUGAAUUUUAUUUAGAGCUGAGCGCUAUUUUUACAGAUGGACUUGAUCUGCCUACAACAGAAACACAUAAUCACUGCCUCGUAGAUUGUGAUGAUAGAAUGCAGUAUAAACCUACCUUGAAGCAUUGCAUUGGCAUGACAAACGUACUGUGAAUUGUUAUUACAAUAUUUAGAGGCUUUCUGGUGCCAAUGUAAUUGCAGUCAUCCUAACAUUUGACAUUUCAAAACUUGCUCUGGGCAGGGGCAACAAAAAUAAUACCACUCUCCUAAGUGUAUUAAAAGUGUUUUACAGUAUGAGGAGCAUAUGUGAAAUAUGAGGGUUAACCCACUGGGGCUAAUAUAUGAAUAGCUGCUAACUGAAAGACAUCAAUCCAUGUUAGCAUUGAGUGGUCCAGGUGGCUCUUGCGGUCACUGGGGUUGUUACUGAUGAACCGUCCAUUCCACUGCCAUAACUUUCACCUGUAUCAACAGUCUUGUUUUAGAACAAAUAUUCACUGUUUGCUAGUGUGCAUUUAAAGCUGUUUUGAAUGUAUUUAUUGCGUUUCUACUUUCCCUCCAUAAUUCCUUUUCACAUAUACAUUUCAGUCAGAGCUGCCAUCAUGAAAAUACAAACAUAUUGAUUUACAGACCUGUUGUACCAGGCAAUGUGUCAUCAUGUUAAAAAAGACUGCUACAUAUUUAAAUCUUGCCACAAGUGCAGUACAGUUUUAUGACAAGCAUUUGCAUGUUGCUGUCUAUAGGUGUUGUUUUGUGUUAAAAUGAUUGUACAUCUGGAUUUGUUUACUUUGAUUGUGUUCUCACAAGUUGGGUCUAAAAUGUAGACCUAUUAUAACUCUAGAUCAAUUUAAGUUUGUUAAUGUAUUUAAAUGUUCAUUUUGUAUAGCCUAAGUGUGUUUUGUCUAUGUUUUCAUUGAUAUUAAUGGAGUACUCUGUAUAGUUCAAAAAGUAUUGACUUUUUAUGUUGGCCAUGUGGUUGCUUCUGGAUCAGUUGUACUUGUUUUGGAUCUGUAAAAAUACAUAAAUGCUUGACAAAUAAACUGCCUGAUACCCA